GGGGCGGUGAGGUGAGGAGGGGCGGACCCGGAGGAUGUGACGCACAGGCCCGAAGAGGAGAUUGUAGUACGUCCCGGUGAACGCUGCUCGUUAACGUUGAUGUUUGGUGAGGAUUAACACCAGCAGCGAGGAUGAGUGAGAGACAGAAAGCGGAACAGUGAAGACGGCUAACCACAACAAUAUGGAUCUAACGUUUGCGUUGUCUGCUAUCAUUUUCACGCUGCUCGCCAUUGUGGUCGCUACGUCGCUUUUUAACAACUCCUCGCCCGCAACCGACUUUGCAAACGCACGGAGUUAUUUCGGGUGCAGAGGGGACGGUGCAGCCGCAGGAUCGGACCCAUCAGGGCCCAAACUGAACGGUCAUGUACCCGACAAUCAGAAGGAGGAGGAAGAGGAGGAGGAGGAGGAGGCGGACGACUGGAACGAGCUCAGCGGCAGCUCACAUGAUCACUGGGAUGUAGUGAAAUCUGUGCUUUCGGAGGAGGCACAGCCCAACCCUCGCACUGAAGAAUUGGCAACACCAGUUGUUCACUCCUCCUUCACAUCUAGCCUGUCCGUCCCCAGGCCUGGAUCUAGGCACACAAGCUUAGACGUAGACUCGUCACCUGGGCGGUGCCGUACGUCAUACAUUGGGCUCUCUGAUAAGGAACUCCUAAAGUGUGCUUUCUCUCACCCCCAGACCGAAGGAGCCACAGAGAGCCCAGAGAUCAACGAUAAGGUUGAAUCAAAUUCAGACGAUUCCUUGAAGUACGUCCCCGGAAAGGCGAGAUCCCACCAUCUGAAAAUGAUGAUGUCCAAAGAGGAGCUGGAGGAGGAGCAGAGGGUGCAACGUGAGCAGCUAGCUGCCAUCUUCCAGCUGUUGAAAGAGAACACGGAGACGUUUGGGGAGGUGUCUGAGGGAGACAUGGAGGAGCAGCUCAGACUCUACUCCAUCUGAGACUCCUCUCUUACUCAGGUCUUCGUGCUUCGUUAUACGCUCACCUGUGAGCACUGCUGAAGGGACUACUCCGGUGCACCAAAUACAUUAACUCUCUAAACUUGUUCACAGUAUUCAACACAGCUGUACAGUCUGCUCGACAAUAUUCAAGACACACCACCAACCAUCCUUGUUUUUGUUUUAAUAUGACACACUGUUUUAUUGUUUUGUUUUCUUGCUGAUCCGUUUGCCCUUCAUCCACGCUCCAGUCCACAUGAAGGCUAAACCAAAGCAGCUGGACCAGUAUAUUUCUAGCUACUCAUGCAAAUAAGGACUAAAAGGGAUAAAGGACUGUUGUUUCUGUUAGUUUUAUAUUGUAAUAAAAUUUUAAAAAUGUUAAUUUAUUACAUAACCUUUUUUAAAAUUUAAUUUUAUCUUCAUUGAAUCUGUCCCAGGUAUGAAUCUUGUAAAAGUUUCUGCAUGACUUCCCUCCUCUGUUGCGUAAUAAACCAAACAACGGGAAAUACCAUUGUGAAGGUG